GCAAAGAACUAAAAAGCCGAGACAACCCUUUGCUUUUUGCACGUACUGAAAGAUGGUGUGCGAGUAUAAAGGGGCGCACGUCCACGUGAAGGCACACAGAAGCACAGCUUAGGGCCUAAGCGGCGCGCUAUAAAAGCUGGAUUUGUUGAAAGCGAGAGAGGGGUUUGGUUUGGUUUGAUUAGCGUUAGCCACCCUCUCUGCCUCUCCCACAGUCAUCACUCUGCUUCAUUCUCUUUCAUUACAGAUUGUCAUUUAAUCUCCAAUGGAGCCAGAACGAGCUCCCAGGAAGAUGAGAUUCAUACCAAAAGCUCCCCGCAGAGUGCCAAAGCCUGAAGUCAAAACCGAAGUGGACCAUGGGGCGGAGGAGUCUGAUGCUGAAAAGGCUAAGGAAUUGCUGAAACGCUUCAAUGAACAAUCAUCAAGGGCGAGGCUCAAAGUUGAAAAGAAAGUGGUGCCUACGCAAAUUGUAUUUGGUUAUGGUGGUGCAUCAACAACCAUGAAAUCAUAUGGUGCUCCCAAAGGUGGGAGCGCUAGUUCAGCCACCAAUGCUGGUGCCUCAGGCGUGAAAGAGGAGAAAGAAUACAGUUCACCAUGGGAUCAAUACAGUUAUUACCCUGUAACUCUUCCUCUGAGACCGCCAUAUUCUGGAAAUCCUGAGAUUCGUAAUGAGGAAGAAUUUGGGGAGGGUUCAGAGGAAUCAACUUAUGAUGAAAAUUCAACAACACCAGCAAAUGAUCUUGGGCUAUUGGAGGAAAAUAAAGCAACAAGUAUGUUCUUUCUUCAGUUACCGCCAAAUAUGCCUACAAUAAAACGAUCAGCUACAGCAGAUAGUCAAGAGGUAACAAAAAGCUCAGGGCCACCUGGAGGUGCACGCAAUAUGCAGAAGCCUUGUUCUUUGUCCGAGUUACCCGCUGGCUUCAUGGGUAAGAUGCUGGUGUACAGGAGUGGUGCUGUCAAGAUGAAGAUAGGAGAUAGCCUUUUUGAUGUCUCCCCAGGAAUGAAUUGCGAUUUCGCCCAGGAUGUUGUGGUUGUUAAUAAAGCAGAGAAAGGCUGUGGCAUUAUCGGGGAGCUGAACAAGCGAGCCAUAAUAACCCCAGAUGUAGACUCCAUUUUAGCAAGUAUAGAUGGUUUAUGAUAGUUUUUCCUCAUUUGCAAUACAAUUUUGGUUCCUAGGUCUAUAUACCUUUGAGAGGGAAAUUAUCUUUGUUAGAAACUAUCAGAGAAAAUAGUUGACAAGUUCCAAUAGCAAGACUAGUUAGGAAUUUUUUCCAGUAUACCAGCAGCCACCAUAAUAUGCAGAACAGUGGAUUGUUUUAUACUCAUUUCAAAUGAACCUAUUGCAACUAA